ACCAUGGUGAUUGAUGUGCCUGUUGUGAUUGUGGGUGCAGGUCCUGCUGGCCUAGCAACCUCUGCAUGCCUUAACAACCUUUCCAUCCCCAACCUUGUCUUAGAAAGAGAUGAUUGUCAUGCAUCUCUUUGGAGGAAAAGAACCUAUGAUCGCUUGAAACUUCAUUUGGGAAAACAAUUUUGUAACCUUCCUCAUAUGCCUUUCUCUUCUGAUUUACCCACCUUUGUCCCUAGGAUUGAGUUCUUACGUUACUUAGAUGAUUACGUGUCCCAUUUUAAGAUUUCCAUCCACUAUAACCGUUACGUUGAGUCUGCCUCUCUCGAUCACAACAUUGGGAAAUGGAGGCUCAUUGUUAAGGACACAUCAUCAAAUUUUGAUGAGAUUUACGUUGCAAACUAUCUAGUGGUUGCGACCGGGGAGAAUAGCGAAGGGUACAUUCCCAAGCUAGAUGGUCUCGAAACCUUUCAAGGAGAAUACAUGCAUUGCAACAAAUAUCUCAAUGGAAGAGAAUGGUAUGGCAAAAAUGCCCUUGUUGUUGGCUGUGGAAAUUCUGGCAUGGAGAUCGCUUAUGAUCUCUCAAAUUGGGGUGCAAAUACCUCCAUCCUUAUUAGAAGCGCUGUUCAUUAUUUUACUAAAGAAAUGGUGUACAUUGGAAUGCAUUUGCUGAAAUACUUGAAAGUGGAUAAGGUGGACAAGCUCAUGGUGCUUAUGAGCAAACUGGUGUACGGAGACAUGUCCAAGUACGGGUUGAUCAGACCAAAGGAUGGACCCUUUACUAUGAAAGUAAAAGGUGGUCGCACGCCUACCAUUGAUGUGGGUUGCGUGAAAAUGAUUAAGAAAGGCAAAGUCAAGGUUUUUCCAGCAUCUAUUUCAAGCAUCAAAGAAGGCAAGAUGGUUGAGUUUGCGGAUGGACAAAGUGCUCAAUUUGAUCUUAUAAUCUUUGCUACCGGAUACAAAACCAACGUGCUGAAGUGGCUUAAGGAUUACAAAGAGCUGUUCAAUGAGAAUGGAAUGCCUAAACCAAGUUAUCCAAAUCACUGGAAAGGAGAAAAUGACAUCUACUGCGCUGGAUUUUCAAGAAGGGGAUUAGAAGGCAUUGCUGAUGAUGCGCAGAAAAUAGCAAAUGAUAUCCAUUUGACUAUAAAUGCAAGGAAGAUACCCGUUCCCGUGGACAACUAUGCUAACAUGAAGUUAUUAGAAAAUUGA